CACGUGUCAACGGAAGAAGGUGCUUUGUUUUUCCUUAGGAAAAAAGUCGAGGAACAAUGUUUGGAAAGGCGAUUUCCAGUUAUACUCUAUUUUUCUCUCAAAUGCAAACAAACUAUCUUACAUAGGACAUGAAAUCUUUUGGCAUACCUAAACCGUAUUUCCGCGUCUUGAAGCUUGUUUGACGCUCCGUUUGGGAAUUCUUGAGGCUGCAGAGAUUGCAAGGCGGAAGAAGGGAAUUUCGAAGGGACGAACUGAGGGAGCCAAGUGAUGGCUCCGGAUUGAUUUUGUCAGAGCUUUGCCAUGUUUUUCAACUUAAUUCAGAUUCAUAUGAAAUUCUAUUUAUAUUUUAAAACACAGAGUAGUCUCUGUGUCUUAUUAAUGUCAUAAUUUGGACUGAUUAUUUGCGAUCAAGAAACUCAAAAUGGCGGAGGGCUGGCCCAUCCCCCAGGCCCUGUUCCUGCUCGUAGUAAGUGUCGUGGGCCUGGACACUUGCCCUUCUCCUUGUACGUGUUCUGGUGGUCCAGGUGCAGCACAAUUGCUGGAUUGCAAUAGGAAAAGACUGACUGCUGCAACUCUGGAAGCUCCAUCAUGGAUCACCCAUGCGUCUAUGAAUCAGAAUGAACUUACAGCGGUGCCUUUUCUUGGAGAGGCUUCAUCCAACAUCACAGUGCUGUCGCUUGUUCAUAACCGAAUCUCUGAAGUCGUGGCAGAGCAGCUGUUCCCAUAUUCAUCUCUGGAAAGUCUGGACUUGAGCUCUAAUUCUAUAUCUGAACUUAAGGCUGGAUCAUUCCCUCCCAUGCAGUUGAAAUACCUCAAUCUGAGCAAAAACAAGAUAAGUUCCUUGGAGCCCGGUUGUUUCGGAAACAUCAGCUCCCUUCUGGUGUUGAAGAUAAACCAGAACAGACUCUCUGUGCUGCCUGAUAAAGUCUUCACCCUCUCUCAGCUCCAAGUCUUAGAGUUAAGGCGCAACAGGAUUCGUGUCGUGGAAAGUCUCAUUUUCAAAGAACUGAAGGCUCUUAAAUCGCUGAAGAUGCAGCGCAACGGCAUCACAAAGCUGAUGGAUGGAGCUCUCUUUGGUUUGGAAAACAUGGAGGAGCUAGAGUUGGAGUAUAAUAAUCUGACGGAGCUAAAUAAGGGCUGGUUGUAUGGGCUGCACAUGCUCAGGAUUCUGCGGGUAAAUCAGAACAGUAUCGGACUCAUCCGAGCUGAUGCCUGGGAGUUUUGCCAUCGUCUGGAUGAGCUGGAUUUGUCCUUCAAUCACUUGAGUCGUCUGGAGGAUUGGGUGUUUUCUGGUCUCAGUCUCCUGCAGAGUCUCAACUUGGGUGACAAUCAAAUCACACACCUGGGAGAAGGAGUGUUCAGCAGCCUGGCUAAUGUCCGGACAUUGGACAUCCGUAAUAACGAGAUAUCUCUCGCCAUCGAGGACUUCGUCGGCAUGUUUGUGGGUUUGAAGAGGCUGAACUCGCUAGUUUUACAGAAUAAUAAAAUCAGGACUAUCACGAAGAAAGCGUUCGAGGGUCUGAUGGAGCUGGAGCAUUUGGACCUGAGUAAGAAUGGCAUCAUGUCUAUUCAUCCUGAUGCUUUCACUCAUUUAAAACUUAAAACACUUGAUUUGAACACCAGCAGCCUCCUGUGUGACUGUCAGCUGCAGUGGUUGGCCCAGUGGUUGAUUGGCAGUCAGUUCCAGCAAUCCUGCACUGCCGUCUGUGCUCAUCCCGCCUUCCUGGCAGGAUCUAGUGUUCUCGUUAUUAAACCAGAGGAUUUUGUCUGCAAUGACUUCCCUAAACCUCAGAUCAGCGCUCAUCCCAAGACCGCUGUGGCCUUACGUGGGACCAACGUCACUCUGAACUGUUCUGCGUUCAGCAGCAGCGAUUCUCCCAUGAGCACCGCCUGGCGCAAAGAUGGAGAGGUGCUGUAUGAAGCCCAGGUGCAGAACUUUGCACGGUACCAGGAUCACCGCCUCCUCUACACCACCGUACUCCACCUGCUCAAUGUCAAUUUCACAGAUGAGGGCCAGUACCAGUGUGUCAUCUCCAACCAUUUUGGGUCCAACUACUCAACUCUGGCCAAGCUCACUGUAAAUGAGCUUCCCACCUUUUUGAAGACACCCAUGGACCUGACCAUCCGCACCGGUACGGUCGCUAGGUUGGAGUGCGCUGCGGAGGGACACCCGACACCACAGAUCGCCUGGCAGAAAGACGGAGGUAUCAAUUUCCCUGCUGCCCGUGAAAGGAGGAUGCAUGUCAUGCCAGACGAUGACACUUUCUUCAUUGCUAAUGUAAAGGCAGAGGAUAUGGGCGUCUAUAGCUGUACAGCCAAAAACGAGGCAGGCAGCCUAUCAGCCAAUGCCACUCUUACUGUGCUAGAAACACCAUCCUUCCAGCGCCCUCUAGAGGACCGUAAUGUUGCCAGAGGUGAGACUGCUGUCCUUCAGUGCAUAGCACGUGGUAGUCCCGCCCCCCGCCUCAACUGGACCAAAGACGAUGCCCCGUUGGUGCUGACGGAACGUCACUUCUUCGCCGCAGCCAAUCAGCUCCUCAUAAUCGUAGAUGCCAGCCCUGCUGAUGCAGGGAAAUACACAUGCAUCAUGUCCAACACGCUCGGCACAGAGCGUGGUCACAUCUACCUCAGCGUCUCACCCUCGGCCAACUGCGAUCCGGUGACCAGCAUAUACAGUCAGGAUGGAUGGACAACAGUUGGCAUUGUUGUAAUGGUGGUCGUCUGCUGUGUUGUCGGCACCUCGCUCGUGUGGGUCAUCGUCAUUUAUCACAUGAGGAGAAAGAGUGAAGACUACAGCAUAACAAAUACAGAUGAGAUGAACCUACCAGCGGACAUUCCCAGUUAUCUCUCGUCUCAGGGAACGCUGUCCGAGCCUCAGGAGGGCUACAGUAACUCAGAGAAUGGAAGCCACCAGCAGCUUAUGCCAUCUCAUGCUAACGGUUACGUCCACAAAGGCACUGAUGGAGUAUGUUACGGUGAAGUGAGCAGUGAUGUUGAUCCAGAUGCUAAUGGAAUGCUGGGUAGUCGUGUGGGCUCUUUCUUUGCUGGACGUAGCAGCUUCCACCGGAGUGAACCCAGAGAGGGACAGACAAAUAUCCCUAAUGGAGGAGCGGGCCCUCUGGUCAUCUGCUCAGACUGCUACGACAACGCCAACAUCUACUCACGCACACGCGAGUACUGUCCAUACGCCUACCUGACAGAGGACGACGCACUUGUGUCUCAGAUCUCUCGGGAUGGACACCAGAGCGGCCAUCAAGAGAGGGAUCAGCACACCGAGCAUGCAGACACGGCACUGGAGAGUUUUAUAAGUCAGCAGAACGCCUCUGUGUUCCUCACAGCGUCACAACGCUAUAGCACUGAUGUCCCAGGCAGGUCAUUUUGGGAUGGUGAAGACCCCCACUCUUCCAUCCUCACCCAGGGCUCAGUGACUGUACACAAGCCCCCGACGGGCCUGUCCCCUGGGGAUGGCCGAGAGGAGAGGAGGGGGGCACUGGAGGAAGGCUCAUACAGGACUAACCCACAGGAAAGCGCCUCUGCGCCCACAUAAACCCAGCCAUCCCUGUCUUCCCGUCCUUUUGACCCCAAACAUCACCACCUUGUCCUUCAUUCGCCUCCCAGUGCCCUCAGCCCACUACCUCCUUUGACUUGAGAAGCCUCAUUAUCUGCCAAAUGAAAUGCCUCUCUCUUCAAUGUUUACACUGCCUCUCCUGUCCCUCCCCACCAUGUUUCUUUGUACCCAACUGGGAUGUGCGUGUACUGCGGAAGACUCUUUCAAAAAGGAGACGGAAUUCCUGCUUUCACCAUUCCUCAGCUAACCAGUCUAGUUUGAGCCCUGAAUGUAACAUUUUCCAAGAGCUCCACUAGUCCUAACCUGUGACGUACGAAUUAUAUUUGGUUUUCCUGCCUACUUAAGAGCGUUGAGCCUUUCUGCAUAUGCCAAAGCUUGACCCAGACUCCCUUAUAACUUGCUUUUGGACCUGCACGAAUUGUGACUGUGAAGAUUGGACUGCCUAAAGAGGGCAGUGACGUUCUCUGAGUGAGGUCAGAGGGCCAAUUACAUGUAUUUCUCAUUCCUUUUGGCAAGCGGUACAGACUGAUGACCAAUAAUGUGUUAACAGAGUUUACAGCUCUGCUGUUUCCACUGGUACGCCGGAGUUGCUGUUAUUGUCAUUAAUAAUGCAUUUUUUGUGUAGUGCUUUUCACAAACCUAAACAUAUUUCUCAGUUUCUCUGUUUUCUUAAGGCACUAUAACAGUAAGAUAAGUUGCACCUUUGACAAUCUGCCCAGGACAGCCUUAUAUGAAUCAUAUGCUAACUUUUUUGUUACACUUCUUUCCAUAUUAAGCUUUUGUAUUAUGUUGUGUAUUUUGUGACCAAAUUUCCAUUUGCAUUCUUGCAAGUGCGCAUCUUGCAGUCUAUGAUCGAUCUAUUUGCAUUUGGGGCGGGGCUACAUUCUCAUUGACCAAUAGGAGAUUGGGGAAAUUUUUUUGCAGUUCCGUUUGGUGCCCUGGUAGUGUAAAAAUCACACAGUUCACCUUAAAAAUGUGUAUUGCUGCAUUUGAAAUCUGUUACUGCUGGAUCAAACUGGUCUCGUCUUCCUAAUUUGAGGUUUAAUAACCAUUUUGAGUUAUUUUUUAUGUUUUGGCCUUAGAAGGACGGCUGGAUUUUAAAUUUCUUUAGAGGCUGUGUCCAAAACCAAAGGCAGCUGCCUUACUGUCCUGCUGUCUGCUCAAUCAACAGACACCGUAACAUCACAUCUAAUGAUCUUAAACAAAUUCACUGAGAAGCAAGGUCAUAUGUAAUGACCACAGUUUUUAUUUCUCAGUAUAAGUAGGUGGAAAAUACACUUAUAAAUUGAAUUCAGUCACUUAGCCCAAAUGAUGAUUUUUUUUUUUUUUUUUUUUUUUUUUUUUUACUUUUGACAAACUGCAUGCACGGGAUCUUGGAACCAUUUGAUUCGAAUAUGCUUUUAUGCCUUCCUACCUCCAGAACAGCUUUUUUUUUAGGUUUCGGACACAGCCACUACUUUGCUUUGAAGGUGUCACAUUUGCAUUUACGUGGCAAAAUUUCCAAAAUGCAGUCAUGUUAAUAGGAAUUUACAUGAUCUCUAAUUUCGUGUGAGGCAAAACAUUUGCCUGUGCAGAUUUUGCAUAAACUUUGAACAAAAAUUCACAACUUUUACUAAUAUAAAGAUGUGCUCACGUUCACCAUUGAGAAGUUUUGCAGGCAAAAACAAGUCAUUUCAAUAGGAAUCUGCAUGAUUGAGAAUUUCAUGUGAAAAGUGCUUUGUUUAAAAGUGACUUUUGUGUGAGCCAUGCUUUAUACGUUGCUACACUAUUGACAAGAACUAUCGAACCUUUGUCAAAUGUGACUGACCUUCCAUUAUUGUGACUGCACCUUAAGGCUGCUUAUUUUAGAAGUGACCUCCAAGUAAACAGUGCUUCAUGAAUUGCUAUACUAUUGAUAUUGGAUUGGAUUCUUUGCUUGAAAAACUUCAAUCCUUCAUAAUCCAGACCAUGCAUAUGGAUCCCCGAUUAAAUCUUGACCGUUCUGUUUGUUCAGAAAGCUGAUAUUUUGCACUUUUUAAAUGUACAAAAGCUGGAUCUUGUGUUGCAGCCGAAAUCGAUGGUCACUGUCUUCCCCUGUCUUCUUUUAAUAGAAAUUAUUCAUUUUCAACCACUUUCCAACUGUGAUAACUACCCCUUGAUUUGCAUAUUGAUUUGUUGCAUUUUGCACAAUCUCUUGCCUUGCAGUUAGCUAUACAAUUACACUAAUCAGAGACCUUGAUGUCAAAUGAUGCGUCUGACUCCUCGCUGUGUCAAUUUCCUUGGUUGAAAGGAAAGGAGUUUGUGUCAUCAGCGGCUUCCAACCACGUUCAAAACAUUACAUUUUUCGAAUUACUGUUAAUGCUUGUGGGGGAUAAGCGCAAAGCAGUUUAAAAGUAACAUUAGAGAAUAGCUGCUUUAUUUUGCUUUGAAUUAUACAGGACUUUGUUGGGAUCUUUUGAAACGAACAAGUGUGAUGGAGUUCUGUUUGAUUUACACCAAAGAAAAAUCCACACGGAUUAAACAUUCCUGCCUUCCACAAACCAAAGUUUAGCUUAAAUGCUUUGACAAUAUUUAAAAUGCUGCUUUUUUAAAUGUUUCGUUCAUUUUCUUGUGUAUUUUUUUUUUUGUAUGCUGUACCUGUACAUUCUGUAAAGCAUGUAUAAAGAACAUUAUGUUUCAGAAAAUUCUGACAUUUAGCUGACAUUUAAACAAUAAAAUGAAUUCAGAUGCAUCACGA